GAAUGCGGACUUUCCCAAAGUUCACUUUUUGGAGUUCAGUUUCAGAGACGAUGCAACUCUAGAGUUUGACCGCGUCUGGCUCAAUAACAGGGUAGGCCUAGUUUAUUUUAAGGGUAGGGGAAAAAUGCAUAUGUUUGCACUUUUUUUAAAUAUGAAAAGCAGGCACAUAGAGAUGGACUGGUGGUGGGCUGUUUUCACUCUGAUCCUAAACUUCCACAUUACCCACGGCUCCCCGUCUUAUUAUGACUUAUUCCACGGGUCUGCGCACACUGGACCGGUCCACAGACAUCGAAAUAGGAACUGGUGCGCCUAUGUGGUUCAGAGGAACGUGAGCUGUGUCGUGCAGGGGAAUGUUGAGGGCUUCCAGGAACCUGUGGUGGCCCCCUGCCCGCCCUACCAGCCCGACUGCCAGCAGCAAGUGACAUACCAAACCAGGUUUAGACCCAUGUACAGGAUUGCCUUCAAGAAGGUCACAGAGUUAGAGUGGAAAUGCUGUCCUGGUUACAGAGGUCCUGACUGUAAGGAUUUAAAACCAACUACAGAUCGGCAAACAGCAAGGGGAGUGCCUUCUUACCUCCCACCAAAUCCCGGAUACUUGCCCAGACAAGCACAGAGGGCCGAGAGGAGGGAGACCUCGCUUUAUGAGAGUCGACAUGGUGCCACAGAUAAAGUGCAUUUGCUUGAAGGUGAAGUUCAGCGUCUCUCCCAGAUGGUCUUGGAUCUUCAGUCUUCUCUAACGAGAUUAACCACCAACCUUCGCACAGACCUGCAGGACGACACAAAAAAGAUGCUGGUGACACUUCUGAAUGACAUGCGUCCGCCAGAAAAUAGCAACAAUGCAGAGGAGACUCCUGUGGUGUUAGAUGGCCAUCAGGCUACCAGGGGAGGAGUUGCUGGAGACAAAACAUUAGAGAAAAUAGAAACUCGUUUGGAUGAUAUUGAUAACACCCUGCGAAGCAAGGAAGAAGCUUUGGAAGACCUAAAGGGAAUCACAAUAAGUCAUGAGGGGCAGAUACGUGUCUUAAUGGAUGCCUCUCAGUCUCAGACUUCAGCUUUAGCUGAAUUUGAAGGUAUGCAAACCUAUAUUGAUGGUAAAAUGGAAAAAUUGAAGACUGAGCUGGAGAAGAAUGUGGAGGAACAAAUGGCCAAAUUGCAGAAUAUUUGUGAUGACAAGAUCUCGACGGUGCAAAAGACUUGCAAAGAUGGCAAUGACGAAAUUCGUGUCAUGUUGACCAAGCUUUUGGAGAGCAAGGAGGCUGAUCUUAGAAAGGAGAUUCGAACAAUACGUUUGGACAUGGCUGCCUCUGAUGGACCUGUCCAGACUCAAAGACAGAUAGAACCAUCCAGAGAGAAGAAGGACUAUAGUGACCAUAAAGAUAUAUGGCGGGAAAUUGAUCGCAUAGCAGAGGCGUAUAGAAUCCUUAAUGUCCGUUUUGACAAUGAACUAGGUCAUUUAUCUUCCAUUCAGGAAAUGGGGGAUUUAGGUCUACUGAUUCAAGAGCUGGAGGCACGUGUUAAUAUUACAGAACAAAAUGCAGAAGCCCAUUGUUUCUACAUUGAAGAUACGUUAACGCGACGAAUUGCAGACGAAGUGGAAGCACUGCGACAGUUGCUGGAUCAGCGUUUGAUCACCACUGAGGACCAAUUUACAAACAUGCUGGUAGAAAUGAACAACAGCUCCUUUGGAAGAGUGUCUGGCGACUCAGUGGAUGCCCUUCAGGCAGAGGUUGACAAAAACAAGCUUGUCCUCCAGGGUUUGAAUGAGAAAGUUCAGGAUGUUGAGAAAUUGUGCUCUGCUGGAUGCUCAAGCUCUGUUAUCAGAGCUGAUCAAAGUAAAAUUGUACCUACUACUGAUCAUGUGGAAAACAUUGUGAAAGACCUAAAUCGGUACAGGGAUAACUUGGAUGUUCUGAACACAGAUGUAAGUUCUAACACAGAGAAGCUCAAACAGCUGGAUAACCUUUUUCAAAGUCAGUCAGUCGGAUAUCAGAGACAGUUAAAGACUAUGCAGGAUUUCCAGAAGGGGCUGAUUAAUCUUCAAGAAAACGUGCUCGGCUUGGCUGGUACUGUCACCGGGUUAACCGACUCCAUGACUAAAUCCGACCAGGAAAUUCAAAGAAUAAGCUUAACCUGCUGCAAUACAGAUCUGACUGGCCAAGGAAAUCCACUGCAACCCAACCCAGCUUCAGUUGAUGGCAGCAGCCAUCAGAUACAAGACCUGAAGAACAGACUCGAAGCACUUAGCACACAGGUCUCUUCUGAAUUGACCGAUUGUAGGCAAAACACUCAAGGUGUUUCUGACGGGAUCUCAGCUAUAGGUGGACGUGUAAGCCGGCUUGAAAAGAUCUGUGGAAGGUUGGAUGGAGUUUCUGUUAACAUCAAAGAGCUGAAAGAUGGCUUGGAGAGACAUGUUGGGGGGCUGCAGAACUGUAUUCAAAGGAUGAACACAACUUGUGGAAAUCAUGGCGCAGACAUUACCACACUGUCCAAUUCCUUGCGGAAGCUACAGGCCCAGAUGUCCAUGAUAACGAAGCAUGUUUUGAAAGAUGUUGCUGCCAAAGAGCCAGGAAUGGCACUGAGACCAGAUCGCCCCUCCUCUCUGCCUGAUACAACUCAGAGCAGAGGCAGGAUCAAACAAUUCAAUGUCCCUCACAUCAUUCCUCCACCGUCCUCCAGCCCCAACCAGCCAGCACAGGCUAACAGACACACCAUCAGGAUUAGGAAACCAAACCAGCCCUUGUAUCCCCAGCAUCCCCGCCUGCCAACCCUGCAUGUGACUCCUGUCCAACCUGUGGUGGAGACGGGAGAGGCAGGACCUCCAGGAUACGUCCGCCGGCUCAAUGUACGCAGAGGAGCGGAGGACUCGAUGAGCAAACCUGUCAAAGGGUUUGCUGGAGCACCAGGCUAUCCUCCUCUGCAGCCUACGCCUUUCAAGCCUCAGCCAACGAGCCAAGGAGCUACGGUAACAGAAAGAGCGCCUUCAAACCCAAUGAAUAAACAUGCAGCAGAAUCGCCACUUCCAGUGGACAGCAACAUCUCUGUAGACCAGUUCUCCUUCUCUGCUGGCCUCACACAGUGCUCAACCUGCAACGGAAGUUUGGCAGUCAUCCGUUUCAACAAGAUACUAGUCAACGACGGAGGACACUAUAAUCCUCGGACAGGAAUAUUCACUGUACCGCACAAAGGCCGAUACUUGAUUUCAGGUCUGCUGACUGCAAAAGAAGGGGAGAGCAUAGAAGCAGUGCUGUCCGUUUCUAACCGCAGUGUUCACAAGCUGCAGAGCUCAACCACAGCCUCAGGCAGCACCAACUGCGCCUGUGGGGGAACUGUGUCCUUCAGUCUGAUUCUACCACUGAGGAAAGGAGACAGAGUCAGUCUGGUGAGAACCGGAGGCCAGCUGGCCACAUCCGACACCGGAGUGGUCCUUUCCACCUACAAUGCCAUCUAUUUGUACUCACCGGCAGCCGAAAGAUAGUCAGAACGCAGCUGAGCGAUACCAGCAAGGACCUCAUUGUUAUCAUAUGCCUGGACUAGACAAAAUGAAAGAGAAACCAUAUUAUACACUGACCUACUGGGAUGCUGGUAUGUGAUGUUGUUAUUGUGUGAAUACUCCCAGUUAUAUGUUCAUUUAAGCUGUUACAUUGCAAGCCACUAAUAGAAAGACACCUGAGCACAAGAGGCUGGGUUUGUAUCUAAUAUAUUGAUUGUGAAAAUAACUUUUUUGUCUAUUGUAAAUAUCUUUUUGCCAAUAAAGACCUGAUUAAAACUCAUCUUUAGACUAUGGACAUCAGGUACAGUGGCACUGUAUGAUAUAGGCCAUAAGGACAGUUUCCCAGGGUCACAUUAAAAUGAGAGUUACACCCUGAGCCAUCCCCAGGAUAUCCAAUAAUUUAUUGCAUUUUAAUUGCAGUGAGAGAGAAAAAAGGAAGAGCUCAUUCAUAGAACUACCACUGGUCAGCCACAACUGGAAAACACAAUGCCUUGCUAGAGUCUCAUACUCAUUAAAUUUUUCAACUUUGUGUUUA